GGUACAGAGUUUUUUUUAAAGAGGCACAAAAAAAGCCUCUGUAAUUUUAUUAGUUUUCUAGGGUUGCUGUAACAAAUUACUGCAAACUGAGUGGCUUAAAACCAUAGAAACGUUUUCUCUCACAAUUCUGAAGCCUGGAAGUCCUAAACCAAGGUGUUGUCAGGUCCAUGCUCCCUCCAAAGGGUCUAGGGAAGAAGUCUUCCUUGUCCUGUCCUAGCUCUGGAGUAAUCCUUGGUUUGUAGCACCAUAACUCUUAAUUUCUGCUUCUGUCUUCACAUGGCUCAUUUCCCUGUGUGUCUGCUCUGUGUCUCUGCCUCCAGAUCCCACUUGUCCUUAUAAGGACACCAAUCAGUUGGUUUAGGGUCAACCCUAAUCCAGUGUGACCUCAUCUUAACUAAUUACAUCUGUAAAGAUCAUAAUGUGAAUUGAAGUCACAGAAAUUCUGAGGUUCUGGGUGGAUAUGAAUUUUGAGGGGUCCCUCUUCGGCUCACUACAGUAAUCAAGUUAAAUAACAUUGCAAUACAAAAUUGUAAAUUAAUGCAAAAAUCUAUGCUGAACAAAAGUCAAACUUUCACAUAAAGAUGCUCUGACAGGGAUGGGAUUAGGGUAAGGCAAGUGAGAAUUGCAAGGGAGAAUUGCAGAAGUACGGAGCUGAAUGGGUAAUAUCUUUAUUUAAAACUGGUAUUUUGUUCAUGGGUUUUUUUUUUUGCAUGGAAUUUAAAAUAUAUUGUACUGCAAUAUUAUUUAUCAUAACCACUGAGAUUUUGGGACCCCUUAUAUUUUUUUCCAAGGUGAGAAUCUCCCUUGUUGCGUCCUAGUCAUGGCCCUGCUUUCUCACAGCAUGGAGGCUCGGUUCCAACAGUGAGCACCCCAAGAGAACUGUAUUAGCUUUUUGGGGUACUUCUGAUGGCACCUUUUAUGGCUAGCAUUGAAAGUCAUGUCACAAUCCACCACAUUCUAUUCAUUAGAAGUGAGUUACUAUUGUGAGCCCAUAUUUAAAGGGAGGGAAAUUUGACUUCUCUUGAUGGUAGGAAUAGCAAAAAAUUAGCAGAUGUAUUUUAAAUCUAUAUUUCAGAUGUGCAUACUUGUCUUUUCUGUGGUGCUCUUCUGCACACACUGUUUGUUUUUGCUUUUUAGGGCCGCACCCACUGCAUAUGGAAAUUCCCAGCCUAGGGGUCAAAUUGGAGCUGUGGCUGCAGCAACAGCAACAUAGGAUCCGAGCCACAUCUUCAACCUAUACCGUGACUCGUGGCAACGCUGGAUCCUUAACCCAGUGAGCAAGGCCAGGGAUCAAACUAGUCCGGUUUGUAAUGCACUGAGCCAUGAUGGGAACUCCUGCACACACUGAUUCAUCUUUCCCUUAUAAAGAGACUCUACCCCACUUCCUUCCUAGUGCUGUUAAUACAAUGACCCUGAAACUGGUUAUAGAGAAAAAAGUGACAUUGAAAAGAAGGUCCUAACUCACCACUGCAUCACUUUGCUAAGUCAGAAAAUUUCAGUCCCUUGAUGUUUGUUGGCUUAUCAAGUUGAAACUCCAAUGCCUGGCCUUUAAAAGCCUUCAUUCCGACUCUGUCCUUUGCAAGGCAACAUAGUUUUGUUUUUGUUUUACUAGUAGACACAUGUAUAUGUCUGUGAUUGAUUCAGCUCUUGUCUCUUAUCUCCAAAGCAGUCUGGUUGUAGAGAGCUUAGUGAUGCACGGCCAAGACUCUACAAGCACACUUCAGUGUUGCCAGCUUCCCCCUGUCAGGGGGCGCUAGAGAAGACUUGGAGCCUGGAUAACAAAGAGGAGACUGCUCCUUCCUGUUCAUUUAUGGAACUCUCUGGGGGCUUCCUGUUGACUUGCAGUCUUUCAAGGGGAGCCUACCAACUCUUCUUCACACAAACAGAGGCAGUCUCUUCUCAGAGCAGCUCAAUCCAGUUUGCAGUUUUACCAAGGCUUAUAGAGCCAGCAUCAUUGUACUCCUGAGAGACUUAAAUACCAGCUGGAUACUUCCCUUCCUCAGAUUAUAGUGGGGCCAUGGAUCUGUUUGGAGACAUAGAUGACAUUUCUUCAGAGAGUGAUGGGGACAAUCAACCACCUAUUCCAGGAAAGCCUGUUGACGGACGUGGAGGACCUCAGGACCAGCGGGAGGAAGAGUCGAUUUUUGAAACAAAAAUAGAAGUGGAAAUUCCCAUUAUCAACUCUGAUUUAGGGAAUGAGUUGUACUUUGUUAAACUACCCAAAUUUCUCAGCAUAGAACCCAAGCCUUUUGACCCUCAGUAUUAUGAAGAUGAAUUUGAAAAUGAGAAAGUGCUUGAUGAGGAUGAUAGGACCAGGUUAAAAUUAAAGGUAGAAAAUACUGUGCGAUGGAGGAUACGCAGGGACGAAGAAGGAAAUAAAAUUAAAGAAAGCAAUGCUCGGAUAGUCAAGUGGUCAGAUGGAAGCCUGUCCCUGCAUUUAGGCAACGAGGUGUUUGAUGUCUACAAAGUCCCACUGGAGGGCCAUCAAAACCACCUGUUCAUUAGAGAAGACACUGGUCUGCAGGGACAAGCCAUCUUUACGUCCAAACUCACCUUCAGACCUCACUCUACAGACUAUGCCACACAUAGAAAGGUGACCCUGCCCCUUGCUAAUAGAUCCUCGAGGACACAGACGAUCAGAAUCUUACCAAUUGCUGGUCGUGAUCCUGAAUGCCAACGCGCAGAGAUGAUUAAGAAAGAAGAGGAACGUUUGCGGGCUUCUGCUCACCAGGAGACCCUCCAUCUCAGGGAAAAGCAGAACCAGCAGGGGCCGAGUGCCCACAUCCAGGACCCCAGCAGUGACAAGGAGGGCAAUGAAACCGUCAAAAACCAUCACCAAAGGGAACACCGAGAGGAACGGGCCAGAAUCUUUUCUUCAGAGAGUGAUGAGAGACAAGAUGAAGAUAAGGCUCAAAGAAUGCUGAGAGCAAAGAAACUCACCAGUGAUGAGGUAAAGCCGAAUAUAUUCAAUCUGAAGGGGUUUUCCCUGUGCCCACAAGUCAGCUCCUGGAAUAAAGAGCUCACCUCCCAGGAGCACAGACAGAUGUCUACACACCUCCCUGUAGCUCAGUGAGAUGAAUGCAGUGACGACACUAGGAGGGCCUGACUCUGUGCGAGGUAGGAAACUGCCUGGAGUAGUACCUGUCACUGGGUGUUGAAGGCAGAGUUCUGGGUGGGCUGGCAAUGCCUGUGAGGAAUGACACACAGUCAAGACACCAGGGCCGGACGAGAGAACUAGAAAUAGUUUGGUGUGGGAGAGCAAGGGGCCUCUCGCGUUCAUCGUGGGAACUGGGCGUCCUCACUAUUUGGGUAUAAAAAAAAUAGUGGAGGGUUAUUUCACUUCCAUGUUAUUAAAAAUUGUUUUCCUUUAAUUAUUUCCUUUUCCACUUAGAAGAUCACAAGUGCAAAGAAAUUUUAGGUCCUAAUUAUACAAGCAGUCACGGUGUUGCUAGUGGGCCAUAAUCAUUCGCUCAGUGUUUUCUGAACACCAAGGGGCCCCACUCUGCAUUUGGUUAUAGAUCAGAGGGAGCAUGUCCGUAACAGAAAUGUCUCUUACUGUGUAAGGGACACAUUCAUUUUUCAUGUAAAAAUAUACACCUGAAACUUUGAAAGCAUGCUGAAAAAGCACAUAAAGCAAUCAGUCCUUUAUUAAAAAUCGAAGGCUUUAAAACACUGAAAGUACUGAGGAAGCAGAGGAGUGCACUUCAAGUCCCCAUCAGGAUGGAGUAUGGAGCAAGGUGUCCCUCGGCACUGCCCACCGCCCUGGGAAGCCUGGGCUCCCCUUGCCUGACCUGCAGAGACAGGGUCUGUGGACAAGGUUGCCACUGGGAGGUUGAGUUCUAACAUGACAGGCUGGCUUCCCCCCAUCGGCUCAGAACUACUUUAAACAAAAUUUCCAGAAACACCCAGGAAGGAACUUUACAUCUUCUUUCUUGUAUCUGUUCAGGAGGUGAACCCUCCGGAAGGAGGAAAGCAGGGAGUGAAGAGGAAAAGGAUGACUGAAGCAUAAAAUGUGCGCUCACUGUAAAUCUGGUUUUCAACAGUUUGUUUUAAAACAAUGACGAAAUGACUUGUUUUGAUUGAAGUGAGGAAUUGAGUUGCUUUUGCAUAACCCUAGUUGUGAUUUUAACAUGUUCAGGAGCAAGUCUGUGCCUUUAGAAAAUCCAUUCUUCCCAAAAAGAAGUUUAUUUUGCUAACUUGUUAGCUCUGGGUCUUGGAUUUCUGAGCACAGCCUCACCCCGUGCCCCUGGGUGGCUUAGGUUCAGCUGGGAUAUCGCCUCCCCUGGAGGGUCCUCCCUGUGCUGCCCAGCAGGGCGCUCUGCUGGCGUGACUCUGACUCUUCACUGACCCCACCGCCCUGUGACCUUGUCAGAGCAGGUACUGCACAGGAGGGCUCACUGGAGACUUGGAGAUUUGGCAAGUGCUAUGCAGGCCUUACCAGUUCUCACCCUCCAAACAAUUCCAAGGGCAAGUGCUGUUAUUCCCAUUUUACAGAUGUGGAAGUUAAGUUAGAACUUAAAAUCUGUCCAAAGCUUUUUCUUCUCAAGUUAAAGAAAAACAUUUUUGAGAUAAGGGUCAGGAACUUAUUUGCACAGCAGUCACAAAGCUGAGCAGAUACAUUAGCGACCUUGUAGAGAAAGACACUCAAAAUACCUGAGAGAAAUGGUCAGCAAGAGGUUUAGAGAAAAGAGCAGUGGGAAACAAAACCCCAGAUCUCACUUCUAGACUUGUAAACAGUGCAGUAGCUGGAACAUAAUAGAUACUCAAUAUUUUUGAAUGAGCAAACUGGCGACAUUAUCUUGGGCAAAGUACUUAACUUUUCUGAAGUCAGUUUCCUCAGCUUAGUGGGAUUUAGCCUUGACCAUGUAAAUCUUUCAUGAGUUAAUAUUUAUAUCCCUCUACCUCUGAGAGUUGCAUACCAAUUAGAUGUGUGUUUUUUUUUAAAGGGCUUAUUGUUAAUUAGAAAUGGUCAAAGAAAGAGAAAUGGCCCAUCAUCCUACCACACAGAAAACCUGGAUAUAUUUCUCUCCAUUUCAUAAAGCAUAGUUUCAUAGUUAUGUAGUAAAUGCAGCCACAAUUAGCACUCACUCCCGAAAGGUCGUUUAAAGAUUCAUCCAGCAGGUGGAAAGGUACUAGCACAGUUAGUCAUGAGGUUGGCUAGUCUUUCCAGGCCUGGCCUGGACCAACAGGAACAGAUGGGGCAGUUGGGCAGAGCCUAGAGGCCCUCAACCCUUGCGGACUUGCCUGAAAGCUUAAGGUUUGAAGGAUAAAAGAUGUUUGGCAAUUUUGGACCCAUAUGUGGUUGUCCACUCCCAUUGUAGGUACCGAAAGGAGCAGGGUGCCGCUGUGCUGAGUGUGAGGGCAUUGUCUCCCCACAGGCACAGCUCCUGGUGCCACGUCCAUCCAGAUUCAAAGGAGCUGGAGUUACCUGACAACUCAAGCACCUGAGCCUCUGACUUGCCCAAUAAGACAGGCAUCAGGACUCCGGGGAAUGUUAAGUCCAACAGCCAUUCUUGGAAAGCCCACCAACACUAAAGAUUCAAGGGGCAUUUCUUGAUUCCUUAAGUUUCAGAAUUGAAUUAUUUGACAUUUGUCCCCCAAAGCUUCCUCAAACCCCAUUACAAGUUUCACUGAUUUUCUCUUUUGGCUGGUGACUGAUGAGCAAUGUCUUUGCUUUACCGUAAAAUAAUCUCUAGUUUGAGAGCAGGAUUGAUGCCCAUCAGGACCAGGACGCAUUGUAUCAUAGGACCCUCUUUCUUCAAAUUUGUCAACUGAAUUCAAUUUUAUGGUAUGAAAUUGAACCAUAUGAACUUACUACUUUUACGGUUAUAAAUGGUCAAGUGUUGACAAUUUUAUAUGAUUUAACUUGGUAGGGUGGGAUAGUGGAACUCGGGGAAAUAAGCUUGUUCUUUUCUUCCUAUGUGAGGAAUAAACUUUAGAAUAUAGAAACUAAAGAGAUUUUCCAAAAAGUCCAAGUCUACAGGAUAUUUGAUAAACUUUAUUGAAAUUAUUCCAUUGUGAAGUGGCAAAUUCUAAAUGCCUACAGUCCAUAGUCUUCAAAAGAAACUUUGCUGUGUUAUUACAAACCAAUAUUAAUAAUAUUAAUAUUUUGGAAUAUUUAAGUAUCAGUAUUAUAAAAUUCAUUGCUUUUACAUUUAUAAAAAUUGAAAAAUUAAAGCAUUUAAAUGCCUGGUUUCAUAUGACAAAGAAAGAUACACUGUUAUAAAGGUAAUUUUCAAGCUUUUAAACAUAACUAAACCAAAUAUAAUUCAUCUAAAAAGACUAGGAGAAAAAGUGGGCAUUUAUUCAAAAUUACAAUUUUUGAAUGUGUAUGACCAUGUGUGCAAAUUUUUUUUUAUAAUUCCUAAGCAAAUCUAAAUAGCUGCAACAGCUAAAUCAAAGAUUUUAUUCUUUGAAGAAAAAAGAUGAAAUUUAAACUCAUAUACAUAUUCACCAAGAAGCACCCAGAAUUUGUUCUUAAACUUUACUCUCUGAAUGGACUAUAAUAUAGGACAAAGACAUUUUAGGCCUAUUAAUUGCUUUGCAGUAUUUAAAACAAACUGAUAUCUGUAGAAGAGGGAGUUAAGCCUCAUGCAUGUAGACUCUAAGGGAGUCUGAUUAUCUUAAAAAGUAUAGGAACUUGAGCAACGAUGCUAAGAGAACAUGGCCGGUGGUGCUUUGCAGAGUUACUAGCUAUUCUUCCCUGCAGUAGGUGCCCUACAUAAAAUUCCAUCUAUGCCAGUGAAGGCUUUCUAAAGUACUUGGUUAUGGUUUACAAGAUUGGCUCCUCUGAAUGAAAAGACUGCAGGCUAGAGUUUCGCAUUAACAAACUGUUAUAAAUGCUUUGUUAUAAAAAAUUCCAAUUUGUUCAGCUUUUAUAGGGAAGGACUCAACAGAACUAAAUUAUAAUCCAGAAAAAUCAAUAUGAUGUAAGAAUGACCAAAUUAAAAUAAGAAUAUAAAAAUCUUUAUUAUAAAUAUGAUUUUCUCAAUUUAAAAAUUUGUGCAGAGUCCCUUUGAGAAAUAGCUAGAAACAUUAAUGGUCAGUGGGAGCUGAUGGAAAAGAUAGUUCUAUAGACGUUUAGACUGAAGAACUCACACCCCUUGACAGGAGUUGCUCUGACACAUCCAGUGUGCUUCGUUCUCGUGGGUGCUAUGUCUUCCGUUAAUACUAUUCGAAAGUGGAGUGGUCUUGAGGGGAAUGAAAUAAAUAAGACAGAAAGACAAAUACUAUGUGAUCUCACUUAUAUCAGAAUCUUAAAAAACUAUAGAUACAGAGAAGAGAAUGGUGGUUGCCAGAGGUGGGGGCAUGGUGAAGGUGGUCAAAUGCUAUAAGCUUCCAAUUAUAAGAGAAAUAAGUCCUAGGAAUAUGAUGUACAGCAUAGUGAUGAUAGUUAAUAAUACUGUAUUUGUAUACAUGAAAGGUGCUAAGAGAAGAGGUCUUAAAAGCUCAUCACAAGGAAGAACAUUUUUUAAAAUGUGAGGUGACAGAUGUUAACUAAACUUAUUGUGGUAAUCAUUUUCCAAUAUGUGCUUUUAUCAAAUCAUUAUGUUGUACACGUUAAAACAAUGUUAUAUGUCAACUAUCUCAAUAAAACUAGAAAGAAAAAAUUUUUCAGUGAAAUGGCAUUGAAAUGAAGGAACAACACUGGAUAGUACUGGACUUACAUUGCUAUGGACAUUGCUAUGGACUCCAGAAAACAACGAUCCUCGUAUAUCACCUGGGAGGUAACACUGAUUCCUAAUUUUAUAAAGAAAAAGUGAGGCAGUCUUGGGACCAUAGAGCCAAACAUUUAAGAUUUUAUGACACCCCAUGAGUCUUUUAAUCUUAUUUUUAAUGGUAGCAAGGGAUACACAGUGUACAAUAGAAUGUGACUAACAUUUUAUCAAAACAUUUUUUCCUUUAUAAUUUUCAUUAUAGCCUGGAAUCCCCUUUUUAAAUGAAAAAACAUCAGAUACUGUCAAUGGAAAAACAGUUUACAAAGUUCUAUACAUAUAACUUUUCCAGAGGGCAUCUAUUUCACAAAGCAAGUAUGUGGCUUAUUUCAUUCAAAUAAUGAGAAUUUGAAAUUUAACAACCAGGAUAAUUCUUAAAAUCUCUACCAAUCUGCUAAUUUUUUAAAACACAAAAUGUCUAUUUGGCCUUAUAAAUGACAGGCAGCCUUAGAAAAUGUAGGCUUUAGCUAUAGUAUAUAGCACCAAAAUCCAUUUUAAUAAUAUCAACAUUAAUAAUAUUGAUUUUUUAAAUACAUGCAAUUUCAUGUAGACAAACUGGAAAAAUUAGAAAUUCAACAAAUAUGAAUAUAAAAUUUGAUAAAAUGGGAAAUUGAGGUUUUUUUUUUUUUUUUUUUUUGUUUUUUUGAGUUUUUCUAGAGCUGCUCCUGUGGCAUAUGGAGGUUCCCAGGCUAGGGGUCGAAUCAGAGCUAUAGCCACUGGCCUACGCCAGAGCCACAGCAACGCAGGAUCCAAGCCGAGUCUGUGACCUACAUUACAGCUCACAACAGAUCCUUAAUCCACUGAGCAAGGCCAGGGAUUGAACCCGCAACCUCAUGGUUCCUAGUCAGAUUCAUUAACCACUGCACCACGACGGGAACUCCGAAAUUGAAAGCUUUUAAAAAAACAAAUUUAAAAAUGCAAAGAAUAUUCUUUGUUUAGAUAACCAGAUAUGUUUAUAUUGAUUAGACUACAAAAACUUAAAUUAUUAGAAAAUCUUUGGUUUAAAAAAAAUCAGGAGUACUUCACAACCUUAAUCUAUUAUAAAAUUUUAGAGCAGUAUAGAAAUACUGAAAGUUAUUAAAAGGGUAAAAGGUGCCAGAUUUUUAAAGAUCAAAGUAAACACCCAGUUUUCUCCCUUAUAAUUACAACACUUGAAAGAUUUUCUGUACUCAAUCAGAUGAAUGUUCAUGCUUAUUUAUUAAGAAAUCUUUUCUUCAAUUAUAUAAUUAACUGUUGUAGCUCAGAAUUGGAAUGGUACAAGCAAAACACUCAACUUUUAUCACACUUUGAUAAAUAAUAAGUGAAAAAGACAUUACUCGUAAGUAUGAUAACACAAUUCUAGGGAGGGUCCCACCUAACCUGUAUUAAAAAAACUUUGGGGAGGAAAGGGUAAUGUAUUGACUAAUAGGUCAAGGCAAGCAAGGAGACCUUGCUGAAAGUAGACUAGUAGUUCUGCAUACCUGGUCCAUGCUGAGGCCCCACCCUGCUGGAACUGUGCAGUCUCUAAAAUCAAGUUCAUUUCCAAAUUCGCUUAUGACAAGGGGGUGGGGGAGAGUGAGCUUGACCUGCUUACUUGAAAAAAAUAAAAUAAAAGCCCAGCACCCUAUAACUGAAAGGGAGCAGCAGAAUAGUGCAAAGUCAUUUUUUGGCCCCUUUAAAACAAUGGAUACUGAUUCAAAAAGACACACACUCAGUUCUCAUGAGGAAAGCUGUUGCCUGUUAAGAAGGCUUAUUACAAUAGUACACAAGGAGCUGCCUAGCUCAUUAGGUAAACAGUCCAGCCCAAGCCAAAGGAGCAGACAUUUUAUACUUCAAUUAUAAAAAUUUCUUAAAAAAUUAACAGCCCUCCCCCUCCCCACCCUGGAUACUGAAAUGAGAUUCUUCGCUUUAGGAAAAAUCUCCCUGUAAGUGAUACAGCCAGGCCUGAAUUGUUAGGCCACAACUGCUCAGAUUUCUUUGUCCUAUCUUUUGUAGCUAUAACACCUCAGCCACCUCCUGCUCCAGAGGCUGCCCUGGAACAGGGUGUGAAUACAGGUCUAACUUGUCCAUCACACUAUUGGAUGUGGAGUCUGUCUUCCCACCCUAGUACACUGUUCAACUGUUCACUCUAAUACUUUGAGCAAGAGCAGACAACUGGUGUUAUGAAAAAUUACUUCUAUAGAUGUGGACCAAAAAGUACAAGAUCAAAGGAAAGAGAUAAUAAAAAUUAGAUUUAUCAAGAACAGCCAUUUUCCUUAUUGGUUAGAAAAUCUGGAUAAGUGGCGAUUACACACCACUCAGGCAAUUCUGCACUGCAUAUGGGAACGUCUCACUCUCCUGUGCAACUCUCAGCUUAUACCCAGGCUGGUUUCUUAAUUACUUUAUAGUGACCAUCAAUUUAAAUGACCAUUCUGCAUGCUCCUCAGACUUAAACUCCACCAUUUAUUACCUUUGAUUUCAUGUGUUUAACAACAGCUUUCUUUUUUCUUUUACCCCAAAUAACUCAGAGUUGGCUGCAUGCCUCUUAUAGGGAAGAAAAUAGUUUUCCUGCUCUAAUAAUUUUAUUACUCUGAGCUUUCACAAAAAUAAUGCCCACAUGAUUAAAAAGAAAAACUGUAAUGAAUGUAGACAUAGCUGUGCUUUUAAGCAAAGUGUGUAACCUGACCAAGCUGAUGACUGUUGAAAACAACUGUAGGUGUGGCUGAGGCCCUCGGGCAGGUGCGGGGACAUGGGACGCACCGCAUCCUCUCUCCCAGAAAUCGGCUUUGGUCCAAAACACGACUAGAUUUUGAGUAGCCUGUUUUAAAAUGCUGGCGUUUGCUUUGCUAGUAACAAAAGACACAGUCUUGCCAAGUUUAUGUGUUCUGAACCAUGGAAAAAGUGUCCAUGCCAUGAAUAAGGAAAGUUUUGAUGUGCCUUGUACCUAAGAGGUGCAACAGCAAUUCUGACAUCGGCAAUGUCCCUUUUUUGACUUAAAAAAGAUUGUUUCUUAAAAAUGUUCAUAAUACAUAAAUGACUUUCUAAACUCUGUACAAUUGUGUUUUUUUUAACCCAAGACUUAACAUAAACCAUUUAAUUAAGCUAAAUUAAAACUGAUUUUAGUAGAAAGUAGAAAUACUGCUUUAGAAUACAAAAUAUCUACUAUUGAUUUUACAAUUUAAAAUUGGUAACAACUUAAACUAGAAAAGAUACAUGUAGUU